AUGGACCGGAGCGCGGCGGCGGUGCGGCGGCUCCGCGCGCCCGGCGGCGAGCGCGAGCGGCGGGACCGGCCGCGGCCGCCGCGGGGCGGCAACGGCGAGGACGGCGGCGGCGAGGACGGCGCUUCUGCCGUGGGGGGGAAGAAGCGGGGCGGGCCGCGGCGGCGGGCGCUGGCCGAGGCGCGGGGGGCGCCGCUGGUGCUGCUGUUCCUGCUGGCGCUGCGGGCCCUGGUGCUGGUCUCGCACCGGCACCUGCUGAGCCGGCCGGGCCGCGGCGGGGUCCGCGACUUCAGCGCCUCCCGCGCCAGGAGAUAUCUUGAUGACAUAACAGCAAUUGGGCCCAGAACAGUUGGAAGUCCAGAAAAUGAAAUUCAUACAGUAAACUACCUCGUAGAACAAAUUAAGGCAAUUGAAGCUGAAAGCACGGAUGCUCACAGGAUUUUUAUAGACAUACAGAAGCCCACAGGCUCCUUCAGCAUUGACUUCUUGGGAGGCUUUACCAGUUACUAUGCAAACAUAACCAAUGUUGCAGUGAAACUGGAACCCCAGAAUGGAGCUGAACAUGCAGUAUUAGCCAACUGUCACUUUGAUUCUGUACCAAAUACUCCAGGUGCCAGUGAUGAUGCUGUUAGCUGCUCAGUGAUGCUAGAAAUACUUAACACUCUCUCAAAAUCGUCAGAGCCCCUGCAGCAUGCUGUCAUAUUCUUAUUUAAUGGUGCAGAAGAAAAUAUUUUGCAGGCUAGUCAUGGCUUCAUUACACAACAUGAGUGGGCCAAGUUGAUCAGAGCUUUUAUUAACCUGGAGGCAGCAGGUGUAGGAGGCAAAGAACUUGUUUUUCAAACAGGACCUGAAAAUCCUUGGUUGGUGCAAGCAUAUGUAUCUGCAGCUGAACAUCCCUUUGCCUCUGUGGUAGCACAGGAAAUAUUUCAGAGCGGUAUUAUCCCAGCAGAUACAGACUUCCGUAUCUACAGGGACUUUGGCAAUGUUCCAGGAAUAGACUUGGCUUUUAUUGAAAACGGUUACAUUUAUCACACAAAAUAUGACACAUCAGACAGAAUUUUAACAGACUCCAUUCAGAGAGCUGGUGAUAAUGUUUUAGCUGUCCUAAAAUACCUGGCAACAUCAGAUAAGUUGGCUAAAUCUUUUGAGUAUCAACAUGGAAAUGUUGUCUUCUUUGAUAUACUUGGUCUGUUUGUCCUGGCUUAUCCUGCGCGUGUUGGCACCAUCAUUAACUCUGUAAUAGCAGCAAUAGCAUUUCUUUAUUUAAGCAAAAAAGUAUUACAGCCCAAAGCUAGAGCUGUUAGUAACCUGAGGAAGUUUUUUAUGGCAUUUGGCCUAACAUUGUUAAGUUGGAUCUCUGCGCUGGUAACUGUCCUUACUGUGGCAGUGUUCAUCUCUCUCGUUGGACGGUCUCUUUCUUGGUAUACCCAUUUCUAUGUCUCUGUCUCUCUGUAUGGCACUGCAGCUACAGCUAAGCUCAUUCUUGUGCAUGUACUAGCCAAGAAGUUCUACUACAAGAAUAUGAGUGAACAGUACCUGGAAGAUGUGUUUUUUGAUGUCUCAUUGAUGGUCUGGUCUAUAGCACUGGCUGUAUUUACUCAGAUAGGCCUUUGUUCAGCAUUCAUUUGUACAUUGUGGGUAGCAUUUCCUUUAAUCACUAAGCUGAUGAGCCAUAAAGAAUUCAGGCAAAAAGGUGCUACAAUAAGGUUUAUCAUGAUGUACAUGCUGGGAAUGUUUGUUCCAUAUCUGUAUGUGAUGUACCUCAGCUGGACUGUAUUUGAAAUGUUCACCCCUAUCAUGGGACGAAGUGGUUCAGAAAUUCCACCAGAUGUAGUGUUGGCAGGAUUAAUUGUGGCCAUCGCUAUGAUUCUGUCCUCCUAUUUUAUUAACUUCAUUUACCUUGUCAAAAGCACAAAAACGACAUUAAUAACUUUAACUACUGUGUUUGUCAUCACUCUGCUGCUUGUUUGUAGUGGUAUCUUCUUUCCUUACAGUUCUGAUCCCGCUAAUCCAAAGCCUAAGCGAGUCUUUCUCCAGCACACAAGCAGAAGAUUUCAUGAUCUAGAUGGAAACUUGGUUAAAAGUAACUCUGGUAUAUGGAUUAAUGGAUUCGAUUAUAAUGGCAUAUCUCACAUAACUCCCCAUAUACCUGAAAUCAAUGACACCAUUAGGACUCAGUGUGAGGAGCGGGCUCCUUUUUGUGGCCUUCCUUGGAUUCUGCCAGUGCAUUUUAUGUUCCGGAAAACCUGGUAUCUUCCUGCUUCAAAACUUUUGCCAACAAGCCCUGUUCACUUUAAAGUUCUGGCUAAAGAGCUAAUGCCUUGGAAUUCUGUGAGGUUAAGUUUUGAAGUAUCUGGUCCCAGUCACAUGUCACUGUAUAUUCGACCACACGAAGGGUCAACUCUGUCCACCUGGUCUCUUGGAAAUGGAAGGCCAAUUGCUAGUGUAGGAGGAGAUUACUUUGUGUUUUACUCCCGUGGGCUGCAGGCUAUGCCAUGGCACUUCUGGAUAGAAUUAACAGCUUCAGAAAAGCACGCUGAUGGAAUAGUCUCUCUGGCCAUAGCAGCACAUUAUUUCUUUGGGGAAGAUCAUAAGUCACCUGAACUUUAUGCCUUACUGGAGAGACUUCCAAACUGGAUAUUUUCUUCUGGUUGGUCCUCCACUUAUGAUCUUUUUGUCUUUUAAUGCUGCAGUUCUGCAAAGAUAAUAAUUUCUAUCUUAGGAUGCUGCUGUAAUAAAUUCUGAAACUUUGACAAGAUGCCAGAUACUUUCAUGAAAACUUAAGUACAAAAUGGUGUUUUUGUGGCAGCUGGGCUAUUAAAAGGCUAAUUGGGGCUACUAGUCUCUGGGUUUCUGGGGAAAAUGCAAUGCUCUGUUAUGCAAAUCCAGUUCAGCUGUUUUUUCCACUGAUAAGGUAAUUUGACUACUGUGGUCCUUAACAUGAAGACUGUGUUUGAGGAGGUAACAUUAACAUAAUACAAUGGCAGUUGUAAUGAGAAGGGCUUCAUGAAGAAACUACUUUGUUACACUGAGUAUAACAGUACAUAUGUGGGGACUGACUCCUGCCAAUACUAUCUGUCCUGUUAAAGUAAAACCUUCAGCUAAAAGAUGGUUGUUUACAUGUUGGGGGAUUGCAAAAUACUUCAGUCACUGGAGGAAGUCACUGGUAGCUAUAAUGCCUCUCUUGGUUGCCUUCCUUGUCUUUGGCAAAUGCACAGUGCAGAAAACUAGGAAUUAUGGAAUGUGGUAAAUACUCAUUUAGAAUCUUUUUCAAAUUUUAUUUUUCUGUUAAAAACAAACUUAGUGCUAGUCUUCUGCCUCUUGUGUUGCAACUUGAAUAGGUAAGACUGAUCAAACUUAUUAUCUUGCACUUGUGUUAUUGUUCAGUUCUUUAAGUAUCAGCAUAUUAGCAUGUGACUUCAUCUGUUGUGUAAGAGUGAGUCACCGCUCCUUUGUGUAGAUGUCUUAUAAUUAAUUCUAAAUUUCUGGUUAUAAACUUCUAAUUUAUUAGAAUUGGCUAUAUUUUGGUAUCUCCUUUGGAGAGAUUUUUGGUAGUGUGACAGUAUUGCACUUUGUUAACACUUUCACACUUUUUUUAUGUAACAGUAAAGUUUGCUUUCCGUAAAGGAAAGUAUUAAAAUGUCUUUUUUUUUUAAAGAGUAUCUAAUUCCUGCGGAUUAUCUAUUUCCACAGGAUAAGGUUUACAAAUGACAUUAAGUGAUUUAGAAUAGCUUCCAAUUUUAAUUGGCAAGCCUUGAGGUCUGAAGCCACUUACUUGUUUUCUAUCCCUAAGGUGUGUUUUUUGGUUUUUUGUUUUGUUUUGGUUUUUUCUUUCCCCCCAAUGCAAUGUAAUAGUUAGUUAACAUCAGAUACAGAGAAUCCUUUGAAUUUCAGGAACUAAAGAAACUUCUUUAUCGUUUUUUCCAUGCUAAAUAUAAACUUUUCUGUGACAUUGAUACCACACUAACACAGAUUUCAUGUUUUGUUCAUCUCAUGAGCAUUGCCAAGUAGCAUGCAAAGCAGCUUUUUGUGCAUGCAUCAUCAUAUUAAAUAAAAAGCCUAAGUACUGAAAAAUGUGAAGGACCUGUGAAAGAAAAUUUUAUGAAUUUUUUUUUUUAAUCUGCUGGAUUAAAAGGCAGCAAUUGCAUGACCAAAUGUUUUGCCUUGACAUUUAACUAACUCCUUCAAAUUUUUCUGAUGUUGGGUAUGUAAACAAACAGCAUGAAACAGCCUUACUUGUUGCAAGGAACACUUGCAGAGAUUGUGUGACUAACUCAUGCACAAGGGUAAGAGGUUUAAUUCUUGUAAUUAUACUGAACUGGAUAUCAGUCAUCUUAAAUAAAGCCAGUGGAUUACAUUAACGUGUGUUAAUAGUCACUUGGUUGUAACAGUCUUUAUAUUAUGCAUUUGUUACUUUUAAAAAAGUAAAAAAGUCAUUUUUAAAGUAAUUUAAAAGAAGUGUUCAUAAUUAUAUGUUUGAAGCUUAACUACUAUAUUUUUUUUGUAUUGCACUCUUGCCUAGCAGAUGUAUAGCUAUUUAACUAAAGCCACUCUGAUUUAUUCACUUUCUUCCUCAGUUUUGAUUUCAUUUGGAUUUUGCUUCUGAUUUGAAGGAUUAAGGUGUUGCAUGAAGAAUAUGUACUGACAGCCAAAAAAUUUAAACAUGUCUGUUAGAAGUUUCUGGAACUUCAGUGAAGCAAUAACUUUUGCUAACUCAGGAUUUAUAAGUAAUUAAAUUUUAAGUACUUAAUAAAGUAAUUACUUAAGUAAUUAAAUUAUAAGGGAUGUCUAGUUUGUUGUAAAUUUCUGCCUUUUUAAAUAAAAGUGAAGCCUAAUUAGUGCUGAGUGUGAUUGUUCAAGGUAUAUUUGAGUUCUGAGUUACUGCAAAAAAAUGUUUUAUUUAAGCUUUGCAUGGAAAUAGUGCUAAGUGAUGCUGAAAACAACCCCAGUUAGAGCUAGUUGUAAGGUAGGCAAGGCCAAAGAAUGCAAAAGUUACCUGAACAGAGACUUGCUGAUGGAAUGAGGGUGCUGGCUGUUUGCCUGGAGAGAAGCUUCUAACUGAAGCAAGAUAUAGUGUGGAGGAGUAAUAGGUAUUAUAGCAGUAGACUUACUUAAAUACACUUUGCAGAUUGGAUAGUUGGUUGCAAACUAAUUGCUGCUGAUUGUAGCUGGAAAAACAGGAUUGAAAAUCUUGCAGACUGUUUCAUUAUCAUCUGUUUCCUCACUCAAUAAAAGCAGUUAGUCCUCUG